AAGGCGGCCUUGGCCCUGGUGCCUGGCGAGGCAGCCUCUGAGACCUGGGCCUCCUUCUUGGCACCGGGCCAACUCUGGAGCCCCAGGUACGCCUCUACUCUGCUCCCGUCCUUGCGCCGUGCAGCUGCGGAUGCGCGCGUCACGGCCGUGCGCUGCAGUCGUUGGGCGAGGUGUCCUGAUGCCAGCAGUUCGCAGGUAGAGUCUGCCAUAGCAGCCAAGACUGCCGAGAUCUCCCAGGCUUCAACGGCCGACCUUUUCACUUACUCCGUGCCGAUGAAGGUUUUGCAGGCUUUCUUGGAAGCCACGCCAGAUGCAGCCUUGCAGAGCAGACUCUGCGCUCAUCGCUUCACGCACAAGAUGUCCAACACCUUUGGCAAAAAGGCCAUCGAAGCAGCCAUACCAGAAGGCGAGUGGAUGCGGUCGGAGAGCAGCUCCCGACUCCCCGCACGGCCAGAGGCGGAUGGAAGUGAAGCUGACGACCUCAGGCGCGGAGAGGAGCUGGUCAGCAACGCGUCGAAGAGGCUCAGCGGUGAAGCCGUGACGCCUUCCGAGCUGCCCACAAGGCUUACAGAUGCUCAACAGGCAGCUGAGAUGAUCAGCGACCUCAGGAUCUCGAUCGAGAGACGAGUGAUCCUCAAGGCAGGCGAGACUCUGGGCGAGAAGGAGCUUCGAGAACUUGCGAUGGACCUGGUGACUGAUGCAGUGACGGCCGCUGGGCUGGACCAGGUGAUUGGUAUACAGUCUUGGGCCAAGGAAACUGCAACAGAUUUUGCGAAGGCUGCCGCCCGAAAGUUUGACGUCAAGGUGCGCGAAGCCUAG